AAGGAAGAAAAUAGUUCAAAGAUCGACCUUAAUAAAUUUAAAUUUGAAAAGAAACCAACAAUAAAAAUUGAGUUUGAGAACGAUGAGGAAACACAGAAAACAGACUAUAAAAGCCUAUGGGAACCACCGAAUUGGAGACAUUUUCUGGACAACUUGAGGAUGAUGCGCUCCAAUAAUGAUGCUCCAGUGGACUCAAUGGGUUGUCAUAUGACCAUGGAUGAGAAUGCACCACCUAAAGUAAUAAGAUAUCAAACACUUAUAUCCCUAAUGUUAUCAAGUCAAACAAAGGAUCAAGUAACAUUUGCUGCCAUGGAGAGACUAAAAGAAAGAGGCUUGACGGUUGACAAUGUUCUUGCAAUGACAGACGAUGAAUUGGGAAAAUUAAUUUAUCCUGUUGGUUUUUGGAAAACAAAAGUGAAAUACAUAAAGAAAACAACACAAACACUGAAGGAUCAAUAUGAUGGUGAUAUACCAAAUUCCGUGGAAAAACUUUGCAAGCUUACUGGUGUGGGUCCAAAAAUGGCACACAUUUGCAUGAAAGUAGCCUGGGAUAAGGUGACUGGUAUUGGUGUUGAUACUCAUGUUCACAGAAUAAGUAACAGAAUUGGUUGGGUCAAAAAACCAACCGUCACACCAGAGGAUACACGAAAAGCUCUUGAAUCUUGGCUCCCAUUUGAAUUAUGGAGUGAAGUAAAUCACCUAAUGGUAGGAUUUGGUCAAACUAUUUGCUUGCCACUUGGACCUUCAUGUGAUAAAUGUUUGAACAAAGAUAUUUGCCCAUCAAGUGGAAAAUUAAAAAGAUCAUCCCCAAAUAAAAAAUCACCAAUAAAAAAUACACUAGAAACUAAUUCUGAAUUAAAUAUCACAGAAGAACCAUUGAAGUUACCACAAAAAAUAAAAGUUGAAUGCUUAAAAGUUGAAGAAAAAGAUGUUGGUUUCCAAUGUCAAUCACAAAAUGUUUCAAUAUCUGAACUUGAACCUAAAGAUAAAACUGUUGUGUCAUCACAAAAAAGACAAUUAAAAAGACAAUCUCCAAGAAAUAAAAUAAGCAAUGAGAAUGAAACUUUAACUGAUGUAAAGGAAUCUAAGAUUAAUUUAAGAGUAAAAAAGAAGAAAUCAUAUAAGGAUUAG